GAGUUUUUGCCAUUUAUGAUUUAAUUCUAGAUUAGAUAUGGGUAAUGAGAGAAUCAAACUGAGGUAUUGCAAAACGAAAUCAAAAAGAAUAUCUCCAUAAACUUAAAACUUGUACACCUUUCGAGGGUGGAAAUAGUACACAGUAUUCCUCCGAAUUUUGACCUGUACAGCAUCUUCUACCUGGCGAGGACUCCCGCUGGGCCGCAUAUUAGUUUUCAAGAAUGAAAACCGGAUUCGCGAACCAAAGCCAUAUGGAUAUGGGCUGCUGGAUGGACGGCAUACCCACACCUGCUUGGAGCAUAGCCAGGCCCCACUGUACGCCUUUCAGCUGGGAUCCCAUUUAAAUUGCUUCUUCUACCGAUUACCCAACCAGCCCGUUCACGUACACACACUCCAGACGCGGGUUCUCUCCCUCUCGGGUUUCUACCUUCCAUGCAGGUUGUGAGAAACAACAACAGGGCUGUGGCUGUGGCUGCGAUCCAGGUAGGAAGGUAACCAAAACAAAUGCUCAACCCAGCAACAACAAAGAAAUUGAUUUUCCCUGUUCGUCUUCGGAAUACCUUUUCUGAAUCAGUGCAAGAACCGGAAUCUGUUUGAAGUCGAAGCGCGCGCAACUAACGCCUACACUGAGAGAAUCUUUAUCACAUAUUUUUUGAGUUCUAUCAAAGUAGUCUAUGUUGUUAUUUCAUGAGCUCUAUCCCUACCCAACUUAUUCUGUUCAGUAGCACUUUAUUUUUGCUAUAUAAUUCACAAAAACAGUAUAAAAAUAUUUUAUUUCCUAUUUUGAGAAAAGUUAAGAAAAAGAAAAUAUGUUGCCCGGAAGCCGAAGUCGCCUGUGUCAUAAGGAUCCCCAGAAAAAGAAGAAUCUAAAUGAUUUGUCCAACAACAUGGCCUCCAAGACAACGCGAGCGAUUCUAAUGGAGCACCUGAAGAUGUCCUCCUGGGCUGAAAAGAACUCCAGCCAACCUGAUUUCGGCCGCAGUACUUCGACUGCCAAUAAAAAGAGAGCUGGGAUGACUUGGCGACAGACCGACGACUACAUGUCUUCAUAUCCUUUGAAUCCUGUCUCCAGCUUUCCCCCGGACGAACAAGUUUCCUUCCAAGCCACUGGCUCUCCUUCAAAGGAAAGUUUGAAAGCCCUGGUUAGACCCCGUCUAGCCAAAAUCCGUGGACGCCCCAAACCUCCGAAGCCAAGAGAUCCAGAUACUGUUUCCGGAGUUCCACAGCUGCUAACUUCGCUGUUCUUAGUCUUCUUGGCCGUGAUUGCGGCGGUGUAUCUGAGAAGGGGCUAUACUUUCGAAAAGGAGAAUAUCUUCAAUAUCGUGAACACGAAGUACGCCCUCUGCAAAUUCAAUAUGGCGAGCGACUGCAUAAAAAAAUCGUGGCUAGAACCCACUCACGAAUUGGUCAGGAAACUGUUCAGUCAGCUAAACGGGAGAGCCAGGUUGCACUACUGCCAGGACUCUAGCCUGCCACUUACCUUGCCGGUUAGUGAGUUCGCCGAGGGAAUGCCCGCCACCCAAAACAACCUGGCCAUCAAAUACCUACCCCACCUGAUCUCCCAGAACCCGCAGUGGAGCAUUGCAAUCAUAGAUGCCCCCGCCUUUGAGGAGGCCCACUUUAAGAUAACCGAGCCGCGACUUCCUCUCAAAUGCGUAGUCUCUGACAAGAUCACUCGAUUCUUCAACCUAUGUCGGGGAAUUGAUUUUUCGUGGAUAAUUUUUGGUCUCGUCACGAUCCCCCUGUUUCUGUUCUUUUACAGGAUGUGGCAACUGGACUCCCGAUCAGUGGCCAUUGACUUUAAAAGCGCCAUCAUCAGGGAACUGAUUCAACGCAAGUGGCACAACAAUGAGAGUAUGUUCAUUAUAGAUCAUCUGAGGGAGAAGCUGGUGCCGGCCACGAAUCGCUCCAAGUAUCUGGCGUCGUGGAACCAGGCCUUGAGGAUUCUGGAGAAAAACUACAAACGGAUUGCGUUUGGAAAAGUGAAUCUGAAUGGAAAGGUAAUGAGGACCAUUUCGCUGAAAGAGCUGUACUAGAUAAGCCCCAAAUAUUUAUAUUCUUUUUCCAAAAUAUUUUUAUUGAUUUCUACUAUCCAUUGAUCCAUAGUCAAAACCGCCAAAUUGAACAGUUCUGUGAAAUUAAAUUAAUAAAUUUCGAUAG